AUGAAAGAAAAAGGAAAUAGAAGAUCGGUUGAAAUUCUGCAACAUCGUGGUUUUAUCGAUAUGAAUAUUCUAAAUUGUGCAAGCGGAUCGAAAAUUGAACCUGAUGAAGAAGAAGAUAUGAAUGAAAUGAAGGAUUUACGAUCAUUUACCGGUGUAAGCAGCGCAUAUCGUACAAUGGCCGUUUCACCUGAUGCAAAAAAACUUUUGUUUAAGAAAACCAAUAGACAACUUUAUUUAUAUGAUACUGAUGACGAAAAUCAAUGUAGUGAUUUUACUAUUACCGGAAUUGAUUUGAAUCAUAGCGAAGAUACGGUAUUUGAUAUAACAUUUUUGGAUAAGGAAACGAUUUGUUUGAUACUACAAAAUCGUGAGGGUAAUUUAUAUGUAACAAAAGCAACACUAAAUUUUACAUUAAAAUUGAUAGUUGUUUGCAGCACUAUUACUUUUACACAAAUUGUUUGCAAGAAGCAUUAUACAACAACAGUAAUAUACGAUGAAACAGGUCCAGUUUUAAUAUCAUAUCCGUUAUCAUCGCAAAAUAAAACCCGAAAUGAUCCACCAAAAAUAUGGCUUUUGCAUUUGUCGAAUUUUUAUUCACGUAAAGGUGUACGAACAGUUGUUAUUGAACCAUCUGCUAUUAUUAAACAUAAAAAAGCUCUAUUUUGCGAUCCAUUUAUUUAUCAAAAUUGCGUAUAUUUAUUCAAUCGUUUCGAGAGUACUAUAUUAAGUGUUCCUAUUACUGGUAGAAAUCGUGGUCGUACGCAAAUAUUGAAUACACAUCCAGAUGCUCGAUUUCAGAAGCCAAAUAAUAAAUAUGCAAAUCGUUGCUUAUUCCUGCUACGUAAUAUUAUCCUAGUUUAUUGUCAUCAACGUUUGGAUAAACCGAAUGAAGAACCACAACUUUGGAUUCUGAAAUUGAAAACGAUGAGAUGGCAUCGAUUACAUCUUAUCCUCAAUCAUCAUCAUCCGACUACUUUAGUAAAUUUUCAAAAGUCGAUCAAAGAAGAAUUAGCAUAUUUGCAUGGUGAAUGUGGACGUAUAAGAUGUCAGGAAAAGGUGCAUCUGUAUCAAUUGAGUACCACGCAAUCUUCUGUUAUCAUGUCAUAUGAAUCAAAUGAUAGUAUGUAUCGGACAAGUUUAAUUGAUCAAAAAAGCAAUAAAUCAUCGAAACGUUUCGCAAAUACCGUUGAAAUGCAUCGCUUGGGUGGUAAUAGCAACGUAUACAUUGAAUCAACAACAGUCGUUGGACAGAUUGCACCAUCACUUCGCUAUAUCAGAAAAUGUAAUCGUGAGAAAGUAAGUGAUAAUGAUAAAUUAAAUAUUAGCUUAAAUUAUAUUUUUUUUACACUAAGAUAG